AUGUGCCGACCCCUGUGGGGGACCCUGCAGGGCUGCUUGGCGGAGGCCCGGCCAGGCAGCCCUCCUACUAUCAGAGUCUUGAUAUCAGUAAUCUGCGACUCCGACAGCCAGUGCAGCCCCACGCGGCAGAGCCUCAGCCUGUCCGAGGGAGAGGAGCAGAUGGACCGACUGCAACAGGUGGAGCUGGUCAGGACCACGCCCAUGUCGCACUGGAAGGCCGGGGCCGUGCAGGCCUGGCUGGAGGUGGUUAUGGCCAUGCCUAUGUACGUCAAGGCCUGUGCAGAGAAUGUGAAGAGCGGGAAGGUCCUGCUGAGCCUGAGCGAUGAGGACCUGGAGCUGGGCCUGGGCGUGUGCAGCUCCCUGCACCGGCGCAAGCUUCGCCUGGCUAUUGAAGACUACCGUGAUGCCGAGGCGGGCCGCAGCCUGUCCAAAGCUGCUGACCUGGACCACCACUGGGUGGCCAAGGCCUGGCUGAAUGACAUUGGCCUGCCCCAGUACUCCCAGGCCUUCCAGAGCCACCUGGUUGAUGGACGGAUGCUGAACUCCCUGAUGAAGCGAGACCUGGAGAAGCACCUGAAUGUGUCCAAGAAGUUCCACCAGGUCAGCAUCCUGCUGGGGAUUGAGCUGCUCUACCAAGUGAACUUCAGCAGGGAGGCUCUCCAGGAGCGCCGGGCCCGAUGUGAGACGCAGAACACAGAUGCAGUGGUCUGGACCAACCAGAGGGUGCUGAAGUGGGUGCGAGAUAUUGACCUGAAGGAGUACGCAGACAACCUGACCAACAGUGGUGUGCACGGCGCGGUGCUGAUGCUAGAGCCCACAUUUAACGCUGAGGCCAUGGCCACUGCCCUGGGCAUCCCCAGCGGGAAGCACAUCCUCCGGAGACACCUGGCCGAGGAGAUGAGCACCGUCUUCCACCCAGCCAACUCCACAGGCAUCCGGGAGGCCGAGCGGUUUGGAACUCCCCCCGGCAGGGCCUCCAGCAUCACCAGGGCAGGGAAGGAGGAGAACGGCAGCAGCGGUGGGGGUAGCAUCAAGUACAGGACGAGCCGGCUUCCCCUGGGGAAGAUAGGAAGGGGCUUCAGCAGCAAAGAGACUGAUUUCCACGAUGACUACGGCUCUCUUCAAAAUGAAGACUGCGGGGACGAUGAUCCCCAGGGCAGGCCAGAGCAGAGUCGCCUGGAAGGAUACAACAACCUGGAGGUCACCAAUGUGUAAGGAACCAUUGGCUCCACCAGACUCAAGCUGGAGAGACCCAGAGGUGGGGAAGAUCAGCCCAAUGGCCCCAGG